AUGGGUAUCCCGUACAUGUCAACGAUCAACGAUAAACUAUCUUCCGUUCACCGUCCAGCAGUUUCCAGUUACCACGAUGGAGGAACUAGAGGCUUUAGAAGAUAUUUUAAUGGACAAACCAGAAGCAUCGAACUUGCCCAGUUGUUUGAAACGCAAAGACACAAAGAUGCCCUGAGCACAAUAAGGCGAGGGUUACUACUACUUUUUCACCCUCUCUUAGCAAGCAAAAUUUCAUGGAAAGGAUACAAUAAUAAUUUCAAGUUCGAAGACACGAAGACUGCGCAAAUCUUGUGUGAAACCGUGCAAACCAUCUUCAAAAUUAACAUGAGGAAAAUAGAAAUUGCAAUAAUUAACUGGUUUCGCCAUUCAAAGGACAAAAAGAGCAAUAAGGAUAAAGACAACGCGAAAGAUGAGAACGUAAGCAAGGACAAGGACAACGCGGAGAAUCAGGAGGAGGACAGUUAAGCGACACUAUAUAGCAGUGCAAUAGUGU